CUGCAGUACAACCUUAGGGAUCAAGGACAUAUUGAAGGUAGUCCUGUGGCCAUUACAACUAGUGGGGCUGUCAUCAGUAUGUCGGAUUUGCAAGGCAAUGGAUUACCACUGACCUCUAAGCCUUCUGUUGGUUUCAUGCAAAAGUCCAUGCCAGACCAGGUGGAAGGUGGAGGUGACCUUCUUUCCAUGCUUCUUGAUCGAGGAAAUAAUUUACGCGAAGCCAUGGUCAUCUCAAGUCUUAGCAGAUCUGAGGAAGAGAAACAUAGCAAAGUCCCUCUUGCUGGGCAUCACACAUUUCCUGCUCCACAGUCAGUGCAGGGAGCAAGUUCUGUAAUUACCUCAGCAGCCUUGCCAAUCACUGCUCUAGGCCCCUCAUUGGAGAAGCCACUAAUUUACCUGUUGACAUGCUGUUUGGAUCUCCUCUUGGAAAAAAGGACUGGCAGGUUCUGCAGCUGAUGAAUGGGAUAAGUCCUGCAACAAGUAUGUGCAGUGAAGCUAUAGACACUACUAGUGAACCUGGAGAUCCCCUCCAUGACCAUACCUUGCUGCACGAACUGUUUUAUAAGCACUCUGCCAGUGAUAUGAGUGAGCUGUCAGCUGAGGAAGAUAUGAAACUUAACAAAUCUCAGUCUUCUGGAUCCUUGCAUGAUCCAGGCAACAAGCGGCCUCUAUCAAGGAGCUCCUCAGUGUCAAGUAUAACAGCUUUAAUGCCAGAGCCCAGAGUUUCAUCAGGAGGAAAAAGUAAACGUUCAAAGAAAUUGCGAUCCAAAAAGUCAAAUCCAUCUGAAACAAAAUCUCCAAAAAGUGGAAUGUCACAAUCUCACUCAAGAUCCCGGUCACGUUCAAAAUCUCGAUCGCGUUCAAGGUCUCCGUCACAUUCAAGGUCUCGGUCUCGUUCUGGUUCUAGAUCUGGUUCAAAGCUAAAAACAAAGUUGACAGGAAAGAAGGACAGCAUGGACUGUGUAAGUGACAGUGAUGUUCCCAGCACUCCACGUUCAGAGAUAUCGCGAGUGUCCUUUGACCCAGUACUGUCUGAUGCCGAAGACAGCGAACAGAAUGUCCAGUCUGUGGCUAGAUCAGGCGUUGAUGGACUCAGUGUGGAACGACUUACACUGUUAGGUCGUGUGCACGUUGCACGGGUUAGUGUGCACAGUCUCCACUUGCACAGCCUUGAUCUGAGCACCUCUGGUGUUGGCAAGCUGUCACACAAGAUGCCAAAGCGAUCAGGCAGACCUCCUCGCCCUCUGAGAAAUCAGAAGCCAUGCACAUACCUUGUGGAAUACCAGUUUCCUGUGGUGGCCACAUCUAGGGAUAAGCUUUCACCAAAUACCAUGGCAACGGAAGUCAUGAGGGUUGCUUCAAAAGCAGUAAAUAAUGGAGUGGUAUCAUUUGGACAUCGAUCUGUGUUUCCAUUGCUUUUUGAUGGGACUGCCCUUGAAAAGUGGUGGAAAUCAGCACUUGUCUUUAAAGUGUUUGCUAGAGAAAAAGGACAACAAUCUCCAUAUCUAGUUGGCAGCUGUGGUCUUCCGCUUAAAGCUAUCCUCAAGUCAGAUGACCUGCAGUUAACUCCAGAGCUAGAAAUCAGGGAAAGUAGGCGAAACAUGUCUGCCAGCAGCUCUCUUCGUACAUCUUCACGAACACGCUCUGUGGGAACACUGAAGAUAUCUGUGGAGCUGGCUUCAGACCACAAGGAUUUUGCUACAGCCCUGGCACAAACUAGAGUGGCUGAGCUCAAUAGAACUUGCAGGAUUGUCCCUAUCACUCAACCUUCCUUACCACAGCCUGCUGUAGUUCAGCAUCAGACCUCAGCUAACUCUGUGAUACCAGUCAAGGAGAACCAAGCACUUCAUUCUACAAGUGAAACAUUGGGAAAACCCCCAAGCAUUACUAAAACUCCAGCACCAGAACAGAAGGACAGUAAAAAGCCAGUAAUUCCGACCUCUGUUACUGGCCAUUCUUUGGAAAAGAGGCAACAAGAGGAAACUUUUUCUGACAAAGAGGUACUGACACUGCAUUUGAUGCUGGUGGUAACUGAGGGCUGCAACAUUUCUCAGGAGGGGGUGCUACCCUUAAAUGCAUGCAGCAAGAAGCCCUUCAUUCUGCAACAACAGAAAAGUGAUGGCUUGGGAGCUGGUGAAAUAACAGCACGCAACACCUACAUUGUCUGUCGAAUGUUCUGGUGUAAUGACACAGUCCAUUCUGCUGUUUGCUGGGGCACCAUUAACCCUUGUUACAACUUUAGCCAGGUAGCUCCAGUGUUGGUUACGCCUGGGGUUCUAGAUCGCAUGCGCGAUAAUUACAUGAUCCUGGAAGUCUGGGACAAAAAGGCAUCUCACAAGAAUGACAAGCUUAUAGGCAUUGUGAAGCUGAGUCUGCAUCAGUUCUUCAUGUCAUUCCGGGACAAAAAGAUUGCAAACACCUUGCUGCGCUCACAGUAUCCAGUUGUUGCUGUUGACAACUAUAUGCCUAUUAUGGAUCCUUUUUCUGGCCUUCAGUUUGGCCAGAUUUCUGUACUACUGGCUAUGGGCUCUUUAGAUCAGGUGAGCAAUUUGCGAAAACUGAAAAUGGAGGGAACUGCUGAACAUGUCCAACGUCCACAUACCCUUUUGGAGAGACAAGGCAUCAGAAAUAUAUCUGAAGGAGUGAAAGCAGAGUUUGCUGUCCCUGCAGUCGAGCACAUCUUUGAGAUAACGGUUGAGGGUGUGCGAGGGUUUCAAAUGGUGGAGAGCAUGAUCUGGGGAGAAGCAGACUGCUUCAUUCAGUACUACUUUCCUGCUCAGAUCCAGUCCCAUCAAACAGCGAGCCCCACCUUCCCCAUGCCCACUAUGAAGUCCUUCUGCACACCCACUACACUUUGUGUUCCAGAUCCUUCUUUCAACCAUGUUAUGCACCAUAAAUUUGUUCUGUCACCAGGAAUGCCUGUUCAGCAGGAACUUCUCACAGCAUGUGCAGACUCAUCAGGGGGAGGGCUGCCCUUUGAAGUGUGGUGUCGAUUCUAUCAUCCCAACAUACGAGACCAACUCAUGGCAAGGGCCAUGCUGCCUCUGGCCAAGAUUUGUGCCAUGGUGACCAUGCUGAAGCACAGCCAGUCUGCUGUCCAGUCCUUCUCACUGCCUCUCACACUUGUCUGUCCUAAAUCACAGGACAAGGAAAGCUUUCCCAAGAUGAAAGAUAUGGGACUCAUUGAUGUCACAGUCCGUUACAGGUCUCAGGCUGUAGAGGCGCAGUCUCAGCUUGCUGGCAUGGGAAGUCAAUGGACUGGUUCCUCAGUAUGCAUUUCUGUUGAUAUCAUCAGAGCCUCAGGCCUGAGGGCAGCAGCAGAGGCAGCAGCCAUGUUUGAUCCCACCAUGCAGUAUCCAGCAGAAGUUGGAGUCAAUGCAUAUGUACAUGCGCGGCUGUCCUUCAAUGAAAAGGAUGAAAGAGUGACAUCAGUUGUGGCCAGGACAUUCAGCCCUACCUUUUCGCACCACCUUGAGUUCCCAGUGCCUCAGGUCUUCUCAGGACACCAUGAUGAUGCUGCCAGCCUGGCGCAUGCUUUGGAGAGUGGACAGGUAGAGCUGGAGGUGUGGCAUAAAGUACCAGGUGUACCAGGGACUGAGAUGGACCUGGAGGACAUGCAUGAUAGCGUUCCUCCUCUAGUUUUGGGCUUCAACCAAUCCAUGUCGCAAUCACCUUCCAAGCCAGAUUUGACAGGGUCACACAUGGUCGGAGGGCUAGAAGUAUCUGUCCGUUUUGCUCAUGCCAGCGAUCGCCAGCAUGUGAUAGAGGCAGCGCUAACCAUGGGCUGGUGUCCAGCUGAGUUUGGAGAAGAGCACGAUUACUGGAUGGAUAAAGAUAAAUCACAGCAGCAAUAUCAGCUAGUCAUCAACAUCGACCAUGUCUCUCUUCCCAUGUCUUGCGUUUUGCUGCCUGGCCAAUCGGCUUCUGACCCCAAUGCUUGCUGUUACAUACGUUACAGGGUUUAUGACAAAGCAGCGGUAGUGUCAAGAACAUGCCGCUUGAAGAAAGAUGGUGGGAAACUGCUGUCAGAAUUGAAGCACAAGCAUGUGGUGAUGCUACAGAGGUCAGCUCAGCUGCAGUGGUACCUGCAAGAAGAGCAGCUGCAGGUGCAGGCAUGGCUGACUCACAGGGUCAAGGACAGGGCUGAGAGGCCUCACCAGAGAGACAAGUUGAUUGGCACUGCCUAUGUUGACCUUAGCUCUCUUUGCGAAUCCUACAGAGCACAACAUCACAUCAGUAAACAGCUGCCACUCUACAAGCCAGGGGUAGACAGCCUGCAAGAUGCUUUCAUUAAACUUCGUAUCACCGCAAAUAUUUGUGGUACUAGCAGUCUGGAUGAUGGUGUGAUGACAGAUAUCACUGUACAUGAGGAACUCUCUGAUGAUAAUUCUGAAAAGAGUUUUCAACACACCCAGGGGUCCGAGGAAAUCCUUUACAAGAGUCCUGGCACAAAGAUGUCUCAGGAUGAUGGGGAUGUAGGUUCUGUGUUCAACAUUUACCUUAGCGUGGAACGGGCUUUGCACUUGCCUACAGUUCGUCACACCAGCAGGUCAGAAGAGGUAGCACCUACUUCGUACAUCUCAUUCCAGCAAGCAGGGUCAAUGUCCCCGACCUACACUAACAUUGUUGCCAACAGCGUAAAUCCUGUAUGGGACUACGAAACUGAAGUUUCACUUUCCACAGAGCUGCUAACAGAGAACAGCAAGAACCUUGUGUUCAAAGUGUGGCACAAACCUGAGGGCGCCAGAAAGCAACCAGAUAAAUCCUGUGAUCGUGUACUAGGCUUUGUCUCAGUGGAUUUGUCUCUAAGAUCUGGAUUGCAGCGUAUUUCAGGCUGGUACAACAUUGUUGACUUCAAUGGACUAAACCGUGGGCAGAUAAAGGUCAGCAUUGUCCCAGUCAGUCUGCAGACAAGUAGUGCCACCACGACAGCGGAGACAGACCCUGCACUAAGCAUGUUGUCUCAGAGAGGAGCCUCAAUAUGCAAUCCCCCAAGCUACAAGUUUACUUCAGCAACAUUUGAAUAUCAACAUGCUAGUUCAAGCAUCAAGUUUGCUUCACUGCCAGUCCCCAGUUCAGUGCCACCUGCACCAUUUUCUUGGGACUUGCAUAACACUUUGGGUGUCCCUGCACCCCAGGAUGCUUCCAAAUCUGUGCUGUUUGCUUCGCUUAGACAGCAGCUGAAAGACCUGGACAACAUUACCACUCGCCUGAAGCAGCGCUUGGCCUCUGAGGAGCCCGAUGUAGAUGGCAACCAGCCCACAAGUGCAAGGUCUGCAGACAUCCUAACAGGGACUCACUUCGGGCUCAGCACCAUUCACACUGUAUCCUCAUUCCUUGGAACACAAGAUGAAAGCCAGUUCCACUCACGAUCAGGUGUGCAUGAUGAGAGCAGCCAAGUGCACUCACCAUCUGGCACCAGGGAGAUGGUACCUGGUGGAAGCCAAUUCGUCCACAUGACAUCUGAAGGUGAUUCUGGAGCAUUCUCAGGUGAAAAUACAGCCAGGUCGCAAGACUGCCAACUCAGUAACAGAGAGGAAGCUUUUGGCCUGACCAGGGACAGGUCAGCCGCAGGUGGCUCUGACCCACAGAAGUGUGCUUCACAGUCACCUGAGACAUUGAUGACUGUGGAAGGCAAGUUGUCCUCAGGAAAUGUAAACUCAAUGUGUUCACCACAUGACUUUGCCAGCAACUCGCAGACCAGUCAGGGUUUUGUGACCGGAGGUGGAGUCAUUACAGAUUCAGCUUCUGCCAGCAGUAAAUGUCAUGAUGGAGGAGGCUUGCACAGAGAUGAAAAGGGUGCCACACAAAACGCAUCUGUUGUCAGAGCUACAAAGGAAAGUGGUGACAUGCAGGCUGAAGUCCAGAAUGAUCUAGAGGAUGACUUCAGUGAAUCAGAAGACGAUUUCUUUGGGAGCUAUCACCAGUACCGCGCCUUGUUGGACAGGGAGGAGGCUACUAAGCUAGAGGAAGGGUCCGUAUGCUCAGAAGGAGAUGUUGAAGCCAUCACUCCUCGCAGGAUCAAUAAUGUCUCUAGCUUGUUUGUAGAUAUUGGAAAUUCUAACCAAGUAGGCCAUGGCACGUUGCCAUUCGGAUGUCCCUUCCCCAUUCAUGGUCACAAUGCAGUUGCUGAUUUCUCAAGGACUUACCCUGACCAGCCAAGCCAUGACAAGCAAACUUCCAAAGACAACAGUGAAAUCAGCCAGACCCUUCUUAAAAAUGGCAGAAUCAUGGCUCACAUGUUGCAACAUCCAGAUAAUUAUAAUGUCAAAGAUCAACAUUCCUUUGUGGACAGCUGGCUAGCAGAAAGUUCAGUACAUGAGCUUGAUGCAAGCUACUCUGACCAUGUGCAGACUCAAGACGCAAGAAUGCAGGAGUCUGCAAAACAUUUAAUACAGAGAGACGAGAAGCCAGCAGGGGACAAGACCACAACACAGUCUAGCAGGGAAGGGCUGACGCAGCACACCCAGAUUUCCAGCAGUGGCCUGGCUGGACUCAGCGAUGGAACACCAAGCACAUGUCUAUCAGAAGGAAAGCCCAAUUCCUCUCUAGAAAAUUUAAGUGACAUUCACAGAGGUGCUGCAGAGGUAAAUGGGUGCGCAGUAAGUUAUCACGAUGUGGUUCCUAAUAGGCAGCUUGGAUCAGCUCCAGGUGCUAACCCACCAGUUAGUUCCCGCACCCAUCUCUUGUCAAAUGUUGAGCUGGACUCUCUGGAGUCCUCCAGUUGUGUGCAGCAUGUGGAUUGGAGAGGUGACGGGCCUUCGUGUCAGUCUUCAGUCAAUGGUCAUGGCUUCUAUAUGCAUCAUGCACCCAGUCCAGAGGAAGCGGACAGCAGUGGACAUGAAGUUGGUAAGCCUUCCUUCCAUUCCCAGCAGCCCCUGUCAUCCAGGACUUUGAAAGUGUCUGAUUUCUUUUCUGGUGCUGGUGUACCAAGAGGAGCAGACAGUGGACACUGUGAAUCAUCAGAGGAGGAGUUUGUAUGCCAGCCACGUGCAGCAGCAGACAGGACAAGAGAUGUAACGAGUAGGGCAGGGAUCAGGAAUGGCAGUUUAACAGCCAGCAGUGAUCCUCCAGCCACAGAAGACAGCGGCCUGGAGAGCGGAGCCAAGUCAUCCCAGGACGAGAGGGAUAAUGCAUUGAUUCUGGACCCCACCUGCAAUCCCACAUCAGAUGUGUUUGGAGCUACUCAAGACUUUUUUCUGUCUGUGGAAGACUUGCAGGCUUCCAUGCAGGCCUUGCAGCUAGCCACAAGGGCUGCUGCCUCAACUACCACCAGAUCUUCUGCACAGGUCUCACAAGACAUUAGGUCAAAGGAGCAAGAUGCUGCUCAGAAUGCAGAGGGAAAGCUAGAAGCAAAAUUUUCUGGCAUGCAUUCCAUGAGGAAUCAGCAACUUCCUACAGCAGACGAAGUCAAGCGCAUUGCCAAAAUUUUCUCUACAAAGAUUUCUUGAACACUGGAGUGCCUUGUAUAGUGUCAACAGUAUAAUUUAUAUGAUAGUUGUGAGUCCCGGGUACCCCUACAUUCUGGAAGAAGCAAUGACCAGAGAGGUCUUUUGUGUGGGCCUUUCUUCCGUCCAGAUUCUUGACUAGUGACCUUGAAUGUGGCCUUGAUAUCUUGUCAGUUUUACGUAAAGGUGCUGGACACAAUUUUGUACAAUUUAAGAACAUGUUAGAGUUCCUUAUGAAUAAAUCUGCUUUAUUGUUAUUUAGACUGGCCAACCUUUAUAUGCCAUUAUCUGAGAAAAUCUUUUCAGAUUUCUUAUCCAUUAUGGCAUCUGAUUGGAGCAGCAAACUUAAGCUCUUUUGUAGGUUGUAAUAUUUUGCCACAAAAGGCUUCAGUAUAUGGCAGAAUGAACUGUUGUCACAUAGGUUGCAACAACAGGUACUGGUGUUGAAUUUUUGAGUAAUUUAUUUAGUUGCAUAAUGUUGUGUAUAUUGUAUAUAGAGAAGCAUAUUAUAUGCAUUUCAGCAGAAACAUUGCAUUAUAACUUAGUGGUCUGUGAUAUUUGGACAGCGCUGCCUUUGUACACAACUUACCUCAGUAAUGGGUGAAUGUAGGAGAGAGUUUGGUUGUCUGUCAAUUAGUUGAUGUAUAGAGAGCUAACUGACAUGCAUUUUUCUACUGUUAAUCAAUGAAGAAUGUACAUCUGGAAACUCCCUGUCAUUACAGUGGACAUGACAAAAUAAAUCUUAAUCAUUAGCACAUACCUUGGCUACAAAAUUACCCAGGUGUGGAAAUUCUGAUACUAAGAAUUGUCUGUAGAUUAUUUGUUAAAAUUAAGUCAAAGUUUUUUUUUUGGUUUUUUUUUUUUUUUUUGUAAGUGCCUCUUAGUGUGAAAAUGCUACCACAAGAAAACUUUUGCUUCAGUAACUUCCAUGCAAAAGCAAAGACCUUGAAAGAUAAAAUCUUAAAAGAGUAUUUGUUUUGCUGGUGUAAAUGUAUAACUGAAGAAAGUAUUCAUUUGUUAGAAUGACAUGUAGGAGAUAUGUCUCUUAUAGAUUAAGAGAUAACUUGUCAAUACUUUAUCUUAUGCUUGCUAGAUUCAAAUUUGUUAGUAUCAACAUUGUUUAGUGUUCUUUUGUUUUUAACUUGCCUUGCAGUAGAUAUUUUGUCCAUCUCUUUUAAUUUAGGCACUUUUUUGUAUUCUUCAAAUAAUUUAGCACCUUUCACUGUUUCGUAGGAUCAGCAGGCAAUACAAGUCUCCUGUUAGCUUUAGUGGCCUUGCUGCUAGCCAAUGGUAAAUGUCAAAGUCAUUUACACUUUUACAUACUUUAAAGUCUGAUAGUAGACAUAUAUAUUUAUAUCCCCACAGGCUGGCAUUAGUGCAUUCAGGUUUGAGGGAAGGUGAGCAAGGAAUCCAGUCAGUGCAGGUCAUACAAUAUAUGUAUACAACAACUCUAUGCAGCCUCCAGUUUCUAUAUCCACAUUGAAGAGAACUGUACAGAAGCAGCUCCCAUAUUGUCAGUUAGUAUUUUAUUUAGUAUUUAAAGUGGGUUCAGUUAGCAUUUUAUUUAGUAUUUAAAGUGCUACAUUGUAUCUUGCAUACUGAAUGAAAUAAUGUAAGUAUAUUUAAAUUUCUACUUACUUCCCAAGAAUGAAAAAUAACUAGAAUCUGCUUACACACAUGCACACUUCAGACAUUAAGCAUGCCCAACAUCCUUCAGCAACUGUGCCAUACCUGUUUUUUUUUGUUUACUGUUUCCAUGACUAUACCACUGAGUAAUAGAAUGAAACAGCAGUACAUAUUCUGCACAUGGUCUGUUUUCUCCUCCAUACUUAACUCUUUGCUUUUCAGAUUUUCUUGCUUAGCCACUAAAUGGAUAUUUUUAACUACAUAUGUUUAACUGAAUAGUAGAGUUUAUGAUUCUUUAACUGAAGUUUAAAAUAUUUACAGAUUCUAGCCAUUUUUUUCCAAUAAGAGAAAGUAAAGCAAGAUCACAUGGAGCAUUCUCCAAGAAUAGGAACCUGAAAAUCUUAACAUUGCUGCUUCGCUGUAGUGUUAGGAAAAAUUUCUGAGUUCUUUAUAAAUAUUUGUUUGCUAAACUUUGUACUGUGUAUUAAUAAGAGCUCACACCAGCAUUGUUUUCACCAACCUUGAUAUUUUCUCAUUAUAAAGUCAGUUCUGAACUUUGCUGCAUCAAUGUUAAGUGAAAAAAAUAACAUACAAUUCACACAGAAUUCAUUAAUGUUAUCUCAAACUGUCUUGAAGGUACUGUGCAUGAAAUGUGUAUAGAUUUGGCUGCAACACAAAGUUUUUAAACUAUGCAUAUUAAAUAAUUAAAAGCUUUUUUCCCACAACA